CAGCAAUGGAAGGGUGCGAGCGUGUGGUGGAGUCUGUGGUGGCGAGUCUAUCCUCAGGAGAGUGUCCCGUGCUCCGUGUGCCUCGCUCCCAUAGGAGCGACGGCGCGGGCGGCGUCGGAGAGAGCCUCGUCACCGUGGGGGCGCCUCAAUCCACCCGCCGCUUCUCCGUGCUGCUCUUCACCCUCGCUCAGGCCUUCCGCCACGUCGCGUCGGGGACCUUCAGCACCAGGAGGCCCGCGAGGAGCCCGGCCUCGCUGUGCGGAGUCUGGCGUGGUUGGGCGUGCUGCCAUCUGACCUGCCAGCGCUACAGCUACCCGCCCACGCCCUCUUGCCCCUCACGCCCACGGACCACGGGAAGCUGGCUUCGCUCGCUGCCCACCCGCUCGUCUCGAAGUGCCCAACAUGGCUACAGCAGAUUCACGAGCAGCAGAAAGCGGGCUACAAAGCGGAGAUCCAGAGCCUGACUCACAUAGCGCAAGACUACCUCACGUCCUCCUACAUCCCGACCAAGAUCAGACAAGGAGGCUGGAUCACAUAGCUUUUUGGCAAUCCUUUAUCCUUCUGCCUAUCUCCUCCACGCUCCUUAUCCUCUCCCGCGUCUCUCGUCGCUAGCGUUUUACUUGUGCGUUGUCACUACGUUUCUUUUCUCUCUUAUUUGUUAUUUUUCUUCUCUUUUGUUCUUCCUUGCUGCACUUCGUCCCUCCCCAUCUUCAGCAAUUACCCUGGUCCAUGCACCUUACUCACAAUAAAUCUUGCUCUCUCUUCGCCCGUCGUGGUCACUUACCGCCAGCAGCGUAGAGAGCAGGACGCGAGAGGCCGCGUCUCCCUCGUGUCCUCCAAGUACUCCUCCUCCCGCGCCCUUUCCGGCUCAAGGCGGGAUCUUGCAUCUUGAGAGCUAAGUGGCUUCUAUUAGUUCCAUCAGCGUGUGCGGAGGCCCCGGGCGGCUGUACUUCCCUCAGGCACCCCGGCCAACUCCGAGGGAGGUGUGAGGAAGGGAAGACGGAUUAAUGGGCGGAGGGAAAGGGGAGCAGGUGAAACAUACAUUCCUAAUGCCAGUCGGGCGGGCGCAGAGGGAAAUGAUAAAGACAAAGGUGACCCGAAAGAACAUGAAAUCGGAGAAUGGAUGAGAUGAAGAAGGUGAAGGACGAGGAGGAGGAGGAGCAGCAUCCUGAGUCCGCGGGGUGAUUGAUCGGGUGACACCGGGAAGGGGGAACAGAUAACCCAGAAAAGAAAGUCGAUAAGAGAGGGAAAAUGAGGACGGAUGAUGGAAGGAGCUGAGACAGUUUAUUGGAGGAGAUAGAUGUUGAGAGAGAUUGUGACGGAGACCGCGGAAGAUGCUUCUUGUGAUUGGCGGAAGAUAUUGAUUCACAAGAUUUUGAUUGUAAGCGAUUCUGCAUGUGGGAGAACGGGGAUGCUUAAUGGCUAAGAACAGGGGGGACUGCAGCGUGUGGAGUACACAUAGAAGGACCAAGUAGACAAAGUCAGGAAAUGUGCCAAAAUUUCCUUAAAUGCUCCAUUUCCGAGAUGGACCCGCCUGACUGCUCUUAAUUUGAGGGUUCAUUUGUUUGUAUAUUGUUUCAUAUGGAGGUAUGAAAGAGGAAAGAACAAGGAAUGCUCGUUGUUCUCAGAUUAAAUGCAGUGCGUACAAAGGGUUCAUUAUCUUCCAGGCCAGAAUCAUAUUAAAACUGAAUAACUAUUCGUAACGGAGGAAUAGGCGCGCUUUAGGAUUUGCCACGGCUUCUCCUUGAUUCGUUGCAGCGAUGAACAGAAAGAAUGCAUUACGCUCUGCAAAUUUAUUAUUUCGGUGUAAUAUUCUGCUUGGUGAAUCUGAAGCGAGAUUAUCAAGAGCCCUUUGAUUUUUCGUUUUGCCUUAUUUUACUUUUACUUUUUAAACUAUUGCCAUAGUUAUUUUUCUUGGUACUGAGUGAUUUUUUUUUUCUUUCUACGAAGCGAUAGAACGGAAAUCCAUCAUCGGCUUUUGUCACCAAUGAUAGACCGGUAUAGAUUUUCCUCAUGAAUAUUAAGUGGUGUUUCCAAAGUUUCUCGGGAUAUCGUCUAUCGCUUAAUAGAAUCUUCAAGCCAUAAGUUGAGUCCCGAGUCAGAAUAGUUAACGAGAUAACCAGUAGGCAAAGUAUGUGUCUUUCAUCAAUUCGUGACGUUGAUUCAAUUACCAGAUCUGCAGAUUGGCACUGAUUUUUUAAGGGGGGGGAGGGGUGAUCAGACUACAUUGACUGGGAAAAUACUCUGUCAUUUAGCAACGACAGACCGUGUAUGAAUUUCAGUGUAAAUUUGAUUUGAUAUUAGAGCUUCAACGAAUCUGCUUAUUUGUGAUGAAGGAAUAAUUAUAA